AUGCCAAAUUCUGGUACCUAUCCACUGUUUGGAUCUGUCGCCCGCUCAGCAAGUCACAGCAAAGUCCUUAAAGGAGGCACUGGCUCGGUUAUGCGACCCUCUAGGUCGUUUUCAUCAUCAGGAACCGUCGGACGUUCUGGUGACACUUCUCAUUCGGCGGGCUUUAACCGCCAUUCAGGGUCUCAGACGCUAGCUACGGAGCCCGUUUCAGGAGAGCCUAAACAGACCACUGGGUCAGUUCGCAUCCAUAGGCCGAUGUCGGCUGGAAUCAACUUAAAGGUGAGCGAUCUUUUGACCGGCGCGUUUAAUAGUACUACAACCGCCCAGCCACUUCAGCCCUCAUCACAACAACCCGAGGACGUACAGUCCGGGUCCAACUCAGCGCAGUUGCUUUCGACGCAUUCAGCUUUAGAGAAAAAGUUCCACCAGCUGGAGCAGCUCCACUCCCAACUGCAGACCAUCAAUGACGAUAUUAUCAUGGGAAUUCGGAACUCUGAUGCACGUGCUUCUGAAUAUCCUGAGCCUGCUGGAUGCACAGGCCCUCAAGACCCACCUGGGACCACCGUUCAGAUUUCCCACAUCUAUGACGUCUUGUCUACUAUCAAGACCACCAAUGACGCCAUCAAGACGGAUUUUCAGCGUGAACUUGAGGCCUUGUCCCAGCAGCUUCAAACCUCUUUAGCAGAAAAUGGCGAGUUACUCAGAGAAAACCUAAUGUUGAAAGACAUCAUCAGCCAGAAAGAGCUCCACAUCUCCGACCUGACGCACUUUGCAAAGACAAAGGAGAAGGAGGUCGAUCGUCUGUCCGAGCUUCUCGCUACUGCUGAACGGAUCAAUAGCGCUAAGAAUAUAGAGCUUAGGAGCUAUCUCGACGAGUGCGCGACGGUUAGCAAGCACAACGAGUCUGUAAUUGCUGAGCGGAGCAAUGAGCUUCAGAUCCUUCGCAGCACCAACGAGCAGCUGUCGCUGACUUUGUCAGUUGCGCAGCAGGAGUUUGAGAACACUAAGGCAGAACUCUCAAAAGUUCAAGCUAGCGAAGCCGCACUUCACACGGAACGGGACGAGCUCGAGAGGAGACUCAAGAAAGUAAAGGCUAACGCAGAGAAGUUCAUAACUCAGCGUGAUGCAGAAAUCGCUCGCCUCAAGGAUGAGCUGCAGAAGCUCGAGCAAGAGAAGAAAUCGGUGAGGCAAGAUCUUCGUCUGGCCACAGAUGCCCUCGGCUCGUAUAAGGCAGAGGCCACUGAGCUGCAAGUAUUGGUUGCACACUUAGGGGUUUCUGUCUCCUCUAUUUUAUCCUCACAACAGGAAGAAACUAUUCCAUUGGCUUCCGGUAUUGACGCUUCUGUUCAGUCGAGCUGUCCAGCGUUGUGCGAAUUGGUUAAGGCCGUCAUCGAGAAAAAGGAUGUAGAAAUUAGAGAGUUGCAGGAGAAUCUGGCUAAGUAUGGAGGCACCGACCCAACUAGCUCUAGUGUGGUAGGCACCUCUUCGAAUGUCCCGCCUCACAUAUCAGUGCAACGCGAUGAGCCUUUGGAACCACAGGAAAGACUCAGCUACAAUCCUCCAUCUGUCGUUGACAAGGAAGUGCUUACAGAAUACUCUUGCAAGGACGCCAGCACUCUUUGCCCCAUCAACUCGGAAAACUUACCACAAGGAUGUGCAGCAUCCAUUCCAACGUCUCUUCGCGACCUCCCCGAUGGACCCCUAGCACAAGAAAUUCGUCACGAGAUCCAAGGGCUUCAGGCGAGCAUUGCUACACGCGAGGCACAGAUUGCGACUCUUCUAGAAGAGCGCGAUAGGAUGCAAGCCUCCGCUGAGUCUGCUGCCAAAGACAUUUCGUCCCUUACCCAGAAAGUAGACGCUCUUCGGCAUGAGCUGGCCAGAUCUGAGCAGACAAUUAUCGAGCUGCGGCAGACAGAUAAGACAGUCGAGCUUGCUGUUCUGCAGGCUAAGUAUGAUGUGCUCAACGAUAUUAAGCUAGACCCGACUGUACUUCUGAAUAAGUAUAUGGAAGGGGAAAAGAAGACCGAGGAGCUACGAGGAAAGAUCUACGAGGCACUAAGUCGAGAGACAGAACUUCAGAAGGAAAAGAGCGAACUACAGGCAUCGCUCAGUGUGGCAAGAGCCGAGUAUGACAUUCUUGUACGAAAGCUAGCUGAUUUGGAGCAUGUGCUUGGAGCAGCAAAAGCUUCUGCCGCUUCUGCCUCUGACAUUCACUCUAGACUUGUCGCUACAGAGGCUGAGCUUGCAAAAGCUAAUUCCACGAUCUCUGCUCACGAAAAAACCAUUGAAACGCUGACGUUGGCAUGCAAGGACCUGGAAGUCAAAUUGGCGAAUGCUGAAGAUGCUCUCACAGAAAACAUAGAGAGCCUGAAUGCUACUCUGCGGUCGCAGAAGCAACAACACAGUCAACAGAUAGAAGAGAAGGACCACGAGAUCGCAAAGUGCAAGGAGAGAAUCAUUCAGCUAACGACUUCUGGUUCGAUGGAGAAGCUGUCAUCAUCUACGGGGAAUGCAGACAAUUUACUGCACACGGAAUCAGCUCUGAACGCUGCAACACUAACAGAGGAAAACCUAAGGCAACAGCUGCACACGCUAAGAGAAACCAUGGCUGCGGAGCUUUCCGACAAGAUAUCUGAAAUAGGGACCCUCAAGAAGAAGCUGGAGGAGGCCACCACCAAGCAAGCAGAGCUUUCGGCGCAGCUAGAGGCCAGAAAUGCUGAUUCUUUAGCAGCAAAGAAAGCUUCUCAGGAAAAUGAGGCCUUAGAGAUAAAGCUGCGGGCGCUUGAGACGGAGCUGAAAGCACGUCCAACGUUUGAAUAUGUCUCGGACCUUAAGCACAAGCUCGAUACCGCUUCAUCUGCUGCAGACAUGCUCAAAACAGAAGUAUCUGCAUGCAAGCAAGAACGUUCAAAGCUAGAUGCACUGCUUCAAGAAAAGACAAACUCAUGUGCGUCGCUACAAAACUUUGCGAACUCUCUCAAAGAAGAGCUUCGUAGCACGGAACAUGCUCGCGCACUAAGCGAAAAAGCGCUCAACGCGGAGAUCGAAUCGCUGAAGAUUGCCAUCGAAGAAAAAACCGUGCUUCUUGCACAGUUAACUUCCAAGUUAUCUACAUACGAAGAUGAGAAGAGCAGACUCCAGGUUCUACUGGACGAAAAAACCAAAGAGGUUGGCCAGUCAGCACAUAAAUUGUGCGAGCUAGAGGCUCUUUUGGAAGAACGGCGCUCAACAGACCAAUCACAGACAACUAAGCUUGCCAUGCUUUCAGAUCAAUUGGCGCAUAUGGACGAGGAAAAGAGGAGCUUGGUAGGGAUUCUGACUGCGACACACAAGGAAGUGCAACUUAAAGCGCUCGAGGAAAGGGCUACACACGAGCAUGCUACUGCUAUCAAGGAGCGGCUUCACGAGGCAAACCAGGAAAUCACUGCUCUUCAGGACCAGCUCAGAAUUGCAGAGCAUAAGCUUUCCCACAAGAAUCUGGCUGAAUCAGCAGAAGUAUUGAAACUCCGCGACGAAAUUGCUCUUCUGACGCACAAGCACAGACAGGAACUCGAGGAGCGCGAGAACCACUGGCGGAUGCAGCUUCUAUCACAGAGGGAGCAAUUUGGCAACGCAACCACCGCCUCUCUCCAACAAGAAUUAGAUGCAGCGACAAAGACCCUAGACCGAGUCAUCCUAACGAAGAACGCAGAGAUACAGGCUCUGAAGAGACAGUUAGAUACUGCAAGGGACACAUCAGAAAGGGCUGAUUCUUUGUCUGAGCGCGAGGUUUACGAGGGUACCAUUAAAGAUCUCCGCCAACAGAUCGAGCAGCUGAAGCAGCAGUCCCACAAGAAAGACCUUGUGAGCAGAACACGAUCAGACAGAGGGCGUAACUAUGCAGACGUGUUGGAAAAAAGCAUAAGCCCGCAGUUUACCGCAUCAGCACGUUCUCAGAGGCCAGGACUGGCCACGCCAGAGACAUUUGCGACCGGAAUCAAGAACAUUGAUGACCAAAUAGCCUUUAAGUCUGAAUUAACUCCGAGUAGCGUGCAAGAAAUAGAGAUCCCAACACAGAGCGCAUCUUCGAAUGAAAAAGUGGGGGCAGACAAUCAGCGUCUGACGGUACAAGAGCUUCUUGAUCGGUCGCGCGAGCUGAAUGCGCAAGUCGGGACCCUCAACAUCGAUAUGAAUUACUUUCACGAAAAGCUGGACAGGUCACUCGACCUUACAACAAGCACGGCACUCCGCCCACCGGGUAUCCAUACCUCGAUGCUACAGACGAGGGAUCUUCAGGAGUCAGACCUCAAUGCUUCGGUUCAUAACGAGGGACAAAGGCCUGUCCAUCCGAAUGGGGCAUUUGCAUGA